CAUGUGUCUGUCUCAGAGUCCGGAAGUCGCGAAGGCCGUGUUCGAGACCAUUGAGAGAACAACGCGAGGGGUGAAAAUAGAAUCGAGACAGAAGACCGAACCAAUCCGGGCCGCUGGCCGGCUGAGGCAGCAAUGGACGAGUUGGAUGCGGUGAUACCUUCCCUGGAGCCCUUCAGGGUAGAGCAGGUUCCACCCAUCAUCUACUAUGUCCCAGAUUUCAUCUCUGAGCAAGAAGAGACCCAGCUGCUCCGACAGGUGUAUGAGGCUCCAAAGCCCAAAUGGACACAGCUUUCUGGGCGGAAAUUACAGAACUGGGGUGGGCUCCCCCACCCAAAGGGGAUGGUCCCUGAGCAGCUGCCUCGGUGGCUUCAGCACUGGGUGGAUACUGUCUCUAGUCUCGGCCUCUUCGGGGGUGCCCAAGCUAAUCAUGUGCUGGUGAAUGAGUACCGGCCAGGAGAGGGCAUCAUGCCACUGUACUCACAGAGAGGGCAUCAUGGGAAGUCAGAGCCCCUGAAUACACAGCCCCAUGAGGAUGGCCCUCUGUACUACCCGACGGUCAGCACCAUCAGCCUGGGCUCCCACACCAUCCUGGAUAUGUACCUGCCCCGAGGGCCUGAGUUGGAGAAGGACCUGCGUGAGGAGCAGCCCCAGCCUCUCCCCAAGUUCUCGCUGCUAGUGGAGCCUCGAAGCCUCCUGGUCCUCCGAGGUGAAGCUUACACUCACCUUCUCCAUGGCAUCCGCCCCACGCUGAUAGACUCUCUGACUGAGACCCCUGUGGCCAAUGCUGCUGCCUGCCCCUCAGCCCAGCCUGACGCCCUGCUGCCCCGGGGCACACGCAUCUCCCUCACUAUUCGAAGGGUCCCUCGAGUGCUCCGGACCAGCCUCUUGCUGAGCAAGAAAUCCCUAAGCACCAAGUGAACCCAGGGAUCUCCCGGCACCAAGAAGCCAGCUCAUCAUACAACUUUUCCUGUCUGCCUCAAGACUCCUGGCUCUGAGUCAGCAGAAAGAAUUUAGGGAGAAAACAGCCCCAUCCCAGUCACUGGGGAGAUGAUUCUGCCUGCCAAGUUCCCAUCCUGGUUCAGGAAUAAACUACAAUUACCUCGA